AUGGCUCCUCUUGUUCUUCUCACUGGCGCCAAUGGGUUAGUCGGCUUCAGGGUUCUUCUAGAACUCCUUAAGGGUAAUUACAACGUCAGAAUCACCGUGCGCUCCGAAGAAAAAGCCCGGGCAGUUCUGUCCAACCAAGUCAUUCAAAAACUUCAACCCGGUGGUCGACUGCACUACACUAUCGUUCCAGAUAGCGUCGUAAGCGAUGCCUUUGAUACUGUCUUGCAAGAUGUCACAUAUGUCAUUCACGCCGGAUCACCUGUUCCCGUCCCAGGUUUCGACCCUAUCGAGCAAGUAUGGAAGCCUAUCCUGGUGGGUACAGAGAACCUCCUGUCAUCGGCCCUCAAGAUACCCUCAAUCAAGCGAGUGCUUGUGACUUCAUCAAUUGUCGCCAACAUGGCUCCUAUGCCCGAUCCUUCUGUUACAGCUACCGCGAAAUCUCGGUUGCAGCUACCAGGGGUUCCCGAGACCUUCGGCAAUGUAUUCGAGGCCUAUAUCCUAGCCAAGAUCACCGAGGCCAACAAUAUCGAUUUGUUUGUGGCGCAGAAGAAACCACACUUUUCGAUUGCAACAAUCUCACCAGGUUAUGUCUUUGGGCGCGAUGAGUUGGUGCCAGAUGCUGAAACUGCGAUUCAAAAGCCAAGUUCAUCAGGAAUUCUCCUGCGCAGCUUGACUGGAACUGAUAACCCAGCUCCUAUUCACGGAGGGUAUAUCCACAUCGAUGAUCUCGCUCAGGUGUAUGUGAAAGCACUGGAGCUACAACCCGAGACCGACUGUCCUAGCAGCUUUGGGGCCUGCGGCCUUGUCAACUUUGAUGAUGCCUGGGGCUUGGCAGAGAAGAACUUCCCCAAGGAAGUUUCCGAGGGUCUGCUUAAACGAGGCGCUCAGCCUACACUUCCCAUCUCAUACGACUCAAGCGAGACAGAGAAAGUCCUCGGCAUCAAAUUCCGCCCCUUUGAGGAUGCUCUUAAGGAUGUUGUGCAGUUUUACUUGGAUCGACUGCGCCAAGAGCAGUAA